UCGAUAAUAUAACAAAAUUUUCAUUUUAUACGAAUAUUUCAUCUUAUUUCAUUCAAUUUGAUAUUAUUUUAUCUCAACUCUGAUUGCGAUUGCUCAAAGUAUCUUAUCCGUUACCUAAUUUUUUCUGGUUUAUCAAGAAAAUUGUGUAGAUACCUGCACUCUCAAAGGUUGACUAAAAAGUAGAGACUAGAGAGGGAAAAAAUGGGAGGAGGAGCCAUGUUGCCACUCUUUACAAGUACAAACUCCAACAAUUGUUUCACUACCCCACCCCUACCCACCCACAGGGACUCCAAUAUCCAACCUCCCCCUUCUUUGUCAUCAAUUUGUGAAACACCCUUUGGAGAAUCUUGGAAUAAGAAUAGGUGUAUUGAAUAUGGUUCAAACUCUAAGAUUCUAGAUAUUGGAUCUUUUAAUGAGUUUGAUGAAAAAGGGUCUCCUUAUCAUGACUCUGUUUUUGGUUCUGUUCCUUCUAGGUGGGAGGUUGAGAAGGCCAUGUCUGAUCUCCAAAGUUUCAAUUAUGCUCCUAAAGAAGAGAUGAAUUGGGUUGAACCGAUGCUAAAUCCUUAUGAAUCCACUCUUGUGAAAUCACCUGGAAAUGCAAGAUUUUAUGAUGCUCUUUAUAUGCUUCAAAAUGAAUCAUCAAUUCAGAGAUUGGUUUGUUCCAUAGCUUGUGAUAGAGCUGUUUGGGAAGCCAUGAUGAGCAACAAGGCAGUUCAAAAUCUUCAAGGCUCAGUCAUAUCUGCAGCUAAAGAAGAAGAAUCACAAAGCUCAACUGGGGAUAUCGGAUCCCUCAUAGUGAAAUGGAUUAUGGGCAUCACAACUUCCAGAAUCGCGGAGCUGCUCCAGUCAUUUGGAUCAUUAUUAAGUGAAAUAAUCCAUGAUAUAUUUGAACCAGACAAUAAAGAAAAACCCACAUCAGAAAUCUCUGACCUCAUGGAAGAGAAGAUUAGAUCCUCUUUCCUUUUAUCAGUUGUUUUGUUGUUGAUUGUGGUCGUCACAAGAACCCAAGGAGCUUGAUGACGAUCCAUUUGCUACAUACUUGACAUCAGAAGAAAACAAAGCUUUUUGUGAAUAGUUUUCAGAUGUUAUGACUUGUGCAGUUGCUUCCCUCUCUCAAGUCAUCCGCCUUUGAAGCAUUACGCCUUUUUUUGUGAUAAAAAUCCACUCUACCCACACCAAAUUGUAUGGUACCAAUGCAGGGAGGGGUAAUCAAUUCAGUCUGGACUGCUCAUACUCUCAUAGCAAACAGAAGUACAAAAGACUCGGUUCAACCUUUUAGUCUGCUAUUUUUUGUAUUUCUUAUGUAAACAUCAUUUUGUCUUGACAGUAAUAAGCAAAGAUUAGGCACAUGAGUUUAA